AUGAUGAAGAAAAUGGCUGCUUGCAUGAGGUUUGGCUCUCUUGAUUGGAACCUCAAAGUACACAAAUAUGAAUUAUAUGCACACUGGUUCCUUCCAAAACAUGGUUUAUUAUCGCCCCAUGCAGAUGGCAUGUGGCAGUAUCACCUUUGUACUUUUACUUUGUUGAGGGUAGUUUUGGCACAGGAAGCUGGUAAGGUUUGGCUGAAAAAGUUUACAUAUGGUGGUGAUAUGAGAACUAUGAUGCAAUUUAUUAGAUGGCUUAAUCCAGGGAAAUUUGGAAAGAAUUUCUUGCCACUAAAAUUAAGUUUGUUUGAGGCAGUCAGCUGGCAGAAGAUCAUUAAAAUGUGUCAAUUAUUCCUAUUAUGA